AUGGAAGUUAAUUGGAUUGGUUGGUGCGAUUCUCAAAUAGUAAAGAUCACCAUGAUCAGAAAUGCUGAUGGCGGUGCGGGCUCCGGAAGCUGUCGACUAGAAUGGGGGGAGUCUCAACUUUGUAAAUUCUCUAUGGUCUAA